AUGAAUCAGCAACAAGGCUUCUUUUCCGACAAUUUGAGUAUGAAUCUUUCGGAGUGUUGUGGUUUCAACAACAAGAUGGAUCCCAUUUCUUUCCGAACCAAUUUUUUAGAAGGUUCUCAUCAUAUUCACGUGGGCCAUUUUGCUUCAAUUCCGAUAGUGUUGCCAUCAACUCCAAACAACAACCAGCAGCAACUAUCAUCCAACAAUAAUAAUCAGAGCAUGCAGGAGGAGGAAACCAAUUUAAUGGCCUCCGUGGAUGGAACGACUUGCUUUCUGGACCAAGAAUUUCAAGAUUGCAAAAAUAGGCUUCUCAUGCAAAGUUUCUUCAUGCCAAAGGCUUCGAUUAUCAAUAUUUCAAAUUGUGGAAGAAAGGAAGUUCAGAAUUUUAUCAAAAUGAGUAAGAGCAUUUCAAUUUUGGACAAGGCCAAUGAAGAAGUUGGAGUUGGCAAGAAUGAAUUUGCAUAUUUGAGCGAGUUAUGGAAUCAAAUGUUCAAAUUACCUCAAACCAUGCUCAAAUAUAGCGGCAAGCAUGAGAGUUUUUGGAGAGGAAUCUUUUCAACAUUGUAUCGUUUUAUCACACGUGAUUAUGAACAAGUUUUUGAUGAGAAUAGAGAUUUUCAGUGGUUGCAUGAGUGGAACCAUGACAAACCAGUUGGUGACCUUUUGACCUCUUCUUCUUCCCUAGGUGAUAAUGUCAGCAAGAUCAAACUAGAUAGUAGUUUCUUCAUUGGCUUCAAUCAUCAGAGAAAUACGGAAAUUCGUGAACUCACUCGAAGAAUCAUGCUCCCUAUAUCUGAAACGUCCUCUAGAUUAUCUACCUCUCCUCAAACAUCAUCAGUUGUGUCGUCUUCGUCUCCUAAACAACAAAAGCAACAAUUUCUCGAACAAGCAUUCCUAAGCGGAACCUUACUUCCCUUCUUUGCAUCCUGUGAGAGCAAUGACAUUACUGGAAAUCAAUAUCAAGCGGAGAAUGAAUUGAGUUUGAUGCUUCAAAAGUUUAUUGAGACUCAAUAUUCGUUUUUCCAAAACUUGGGCUCCAAAACUAAGAAACGCCAUGUGACCGGUGUCACAUGUGUUGGACCUAUUGUGACUUGCUUUGUCAUGAGAAGAUAUCACACUGUUGUAGAUUGUUUUGAAAGCAAUACAAGUUCCAAAAAGAGUGGUAACACUUCAAAUAUAGAGCCAAUCUAUGUGAUGCAGCCAUUAGAUACGUUCAACCUGGCCAAUUACGACGACUUGUUAAGAUGUGCUAAAUAUUUUACAGGGGUACGAAAGUUAGGAGAAGCUCUCUUUGUGGAGGUAAGAAAUGCACUGAGACAUUUGUGUGGUUUGCCUCUUCUCACAGGAAACCAUAAUGAGAAAAAGAGCAAUGGUCAACAGCCCGCAAAUGAGAACUCUCAAUCCACAACAACAAAUAUUUUAGACUCGGAACAGAAUUUGAAUGAAAAUGGCUCUUCGUCGCAUAUGGGAAAUGGCAACAAUGAGAAAGUCAAGAAUUCAGCCAAAUCUUCACAUAGCAAAUCCAUGCAUGUUCAUCAACCUCAAGGUCCACCAUCUUCUCCAAAAGCAACUAGUAGAAGAGAAGAAAAAGCACCUUCGAGUGGUGAAAAACGAAAACAACCACCCACAUCAUCGACCGCAGCAAGUGGUAGUAACGUCGUAGCGACUGCCCAAGAAUCAUUUUCCAAAUCACAAUCUCAAAAGAAGCAAAAAGUUCAUGCAAGCACUGGAAUUUCACCUGAGAGAACAACCAGACAAUCCAGUAAUAAUGGCAUUGAACCAACGUCUGACCUCUUGAAUACCAGCAGCAACAGCAACACUGACGAGACUAGUCAAAGGUCCACCCAACAGGACUCAACAGCAAGUAGUGCAAACGAUAGUGAACGAAUGGUGGUAGACAAUACAGAUGGAGCUUCUAGCGAUCUUGACGAGUGA